AUUUCCCACCCUGUCUCCCCAUUCAAUGGGAUGGCGGCAGAGGUCCCCGCACCAGUGCGUGGCUGCCGGUGGCUCCUGUGUGGCUGCUGGUUCUCAGCCUGGGCUCUCUACACCAUCUGCUCCGCGUUCUCAGAGUUCGUCAGCAAAGUCUUCAUCAGCCAGUACCGCUUCAGCUUCCCUGCCUUCAUCGUCCUCUGCCAGGCACUACUAACCAUUGGCAUGCUGCAGUUACUCAAACGAGUUGGGCUACUGAAGAUUCGGCCCUAUUUACUGGAGAAUGGAGAGAUUUUCUUGCUCCCUUCUAUUUGUUUCUGUUUUCAUUCCAUCCUCAUCCUGUGGGCUGUGACCAACUCCAGCUCCACUGUCUUCACCUUCAUCAGGCGGUUCACCCCAGUGGCCAGCUUAGCCCUGAUGCAAACAUUCAAUUUGAAAAAGAGAGCGUCUACCAGCAGUGCCUUCCUUGUGAUCCUGGUCACUUUGUGCUCGGUUCUUGCAGGUGUCCGCACCUUCAAUGAUGAAGCCAUUGUUUACGUCUAUGGGUUGAUGAACAUCAUGCUCGAGAGCACUUAUCUCACUUUGCUCCAAAGGAUUUGUGAAGACCAAAAGACAUCAGUGGUGGAUGUUCACUACACCUGUACCAUCAACAGCUGCCCACUGCUGCUUGUGUACUGCCUUCUCCAUCCAGAUACUCAUCAGAUCUACCCUUCGGGAAGUUGGACCAGUCUGAUCUUUUUGGGUUUCUUUUCCUUGGUGCUGCUCCUGGGAUGUUUCCUGAAGCUUCUCGCUUGCAUGUGCACUUUGCUGAGUUCAGCACUGAUGACGAGCAUGGUGGAGGUUGCGAAGACGGACGUACUGACUCUAAGGAGCAUCAUUGCAUGUGAAUGGAUAGUCUCGCCAUCUCAGCUCACGAGUCUUCUCAUCAGUGCCAGCGGAGUGGGCAUCUUUAUAUAUAAAGAUUGCAGAGAAACAAACAAAUCAACGAGGAACGAGACUGUGGGAUUCAAACUCUGAAAAAUGUUCAGUAUAUUUCAAAUAUUAGAAUUUAACUCAGGGAGUCAUAUUCCACCUUUCCACUCAAAUGAUUAAUUGUUGACGCUGCAGUGGAGAAGAGGACACAUCCAAAUACAUGUCUCACUAGGAAAUCAUGUAAAGCUAUUCAACGCAAGGUCAUUUAUAACUUCUGGCUCUUGUGAUUUCCAGCUGCCUCAAAAUCCAGAGGUUAUACAAGUUGCUCUCU